GCUUCAUCGUCUUCCUCCUCGCGUCGCGUCGCGUGCUAGUCAGGUGGGAGAUGGUCUCCACGGUGUACAGGGAGGCGGCGAUGGCGGGGUCCGGCGGCGGCGGGGACGGGGAGCACUACUCGCGGCUGAUACGGGAGCUGUGCGCGCUGCUCGUCGCCGUCAUCGAUACCUCCCCCUCCGCCGCCGCGGCGCCGUCGUCGCAGCGUCGGGCGACGGGGCCAGGGUCUCCGGGGGUGUCCCCCGCGGCGGCGGCGUCGAUGCUGCUGGGCGCGUCGAUGGCGCUGAUGCUGUGCGGGUCCGUGACGUUCGCCAUCGGGUUCCUCCUCAUGCCCUGGGUCGCUGGCGUCGCGCUGCUGUUCGGCCUCGCCGCCGCCGUCUCCGCCCUCUCCGCCGGGGUCUUCGGCAAGUCGGCCGCCGCCGCGCGUGGUCGCGCCUCUUCUCCUCCGGCGACCUAUGCAUCGGAUAAACCACUAGUAGCUUAGGCAGAUUUAGCUUAGCCUGAAUCGAUUGAUUGGUGAUCCCAUGUUAAAAAAAACGCAUCUUUCUUUUCUGUCCUCUGAAUUCAUGAGACGCUGCUCGUUCAGAUCUGCAUCACGCGUCCAAAGGAUGCAAAGAAAGAAAAAGAAUCUUUCUUCCUCAAGGACGAACAAUUCCUGACAAAAACACCUCCAUGUAUGUACUUAUUAAUCAAUCACACACCACGUUUUGCUUGCUGAUCCCCAAA